AGUAAAAAAAAAUGAGAGGGGGGGCGAAAAAACCGAGCGGAGCUUAAAAACUCCCGACAAAUGAUUAUUUACCUCGGCAGCAGCGGAACAUCGUAGCUGGCUUCGUGUCGGUCUACAGCCGAUUCGGAGAAAAAGGGGGAAAGAAAUCGGGAGAGAAAUGUGCGUGAGGAUUAACGCAGAGGCGGGGUGGGAAUAAAAUAGGCUGGACUUGACUACCAGCUGCGACUAUCCGGAUUACCCACUCGCUGGAAAAGGGAGAAAACAAGCGAAGCUUCGCGGACAUUUGUGCGCUCGGAGAGGAUGAGCUGACCGCCGAGGAACGGAAAAAAAACAAAACAAAAAAAAAACAAGUGUUUGAGGUCGAAAGUUGCGAGUGGAUGUGGAAACGGACAGCAGUGGGCCUGGGAGGAUAUUUAGAUGCUGUCGCGUAAACUUCGCUGUCGGUGCCGUUUGAAACCGGCGUUGUAGGAACCGGACCGCACAGGAAAGGAAAAAAAGAAAAACACUCAAUCCACCGCAGCGACAAGCUUCAUGUCGAGCCCGACAGCAGUUUAUUGCACCGGGUAUUAAAGAGACAGCGAGCGAGAGAGAGAGGAGGAAAAAACCCAGAAGAUCGGCUGCUCGUGCAGAUGCCAACGGCAGACUGCAGGUUGCUCCAUCAUGGCCGGAUCAUGAGGUGUUUGACUUAUUUGCUGCUACUUCCAGAAACACUGAAAAAGUCCAAGAAGGUAACCAAGCUGCCGGGCCGGCUGCCGCUAUGUUAUGAGAUCCUGACUCUGUCCCUGUCGAGCAAGAAAAAGCAGCAGGAGAAGGAGAAGAAGAUGGCUGCGGAGUUGUACCCCGCUAACAACACCAACAACACCAACCUGGCCAACGGCACUACGGUGGCUGACGCGGAGAAGACCAAGGAGCUGCAGGUGUGCCAGGCCAGCGGGAGCAGCGCCGGCGGCGUUGGGAGCGCGGCGACCACUCCGACCACCCAGCAAAACAUCAACAACAACAACGUAGACCCACCCAGCUGGCAGUGCAGCCACCCCACGCUCCGAGAGAGGAACGCCUUGAUGUUUAACAAUGAGCUGAUGGCUGAUGUCCACUUCAUUGUUGGGCCCUUGGGGGCCUCGCAGAAGCUUCCCGCACACAAGUACGUGCUGGCCGUGGGAAGCUCCGUCUUCUGUGCCAUGUUUUACAGCGAUCUGGCGGAGGAGGAGUCUGAGAUCCAUAUCCCAGAUGUGGAACCUGCUGCUUUUCUAAUUCUGCUGAAGUACUUGUACAGCGAUGAGAUCGACCUGGAGGCAGACACGGUGCUGGCCACCCUGUAUGCUGCCAAAAAGUACAUCGUCCCUGCACUGGCCAAGGCCUGCGUCACCUUCCUGGAGACCAGCCUGGAGGCCAAGAAUGCCUGCGUGCUGCUCUCUCAGAGCCGCCUGUUUGAGGAGCCCGAGCUGACGCAGCGCUGCUGGGAGGUAAUCGACGCCCAGGCCGAGCUCGCGCUGUGCUCGGAGGGCUUCUGUGAGAUAGACCUGCAGACGCUGGACAUCAUCUUGCGGCGGGAGACCCUCAACACCAAAGAAGUGGUGGUGUUUGAGGCGGUCAUGAACUGGGCCACGGCAGAAUGCAAGAGACAGGGUUUGGGGCCCACCACUCGCAACAAAAGAGAGGUCCUGGGUAAGGCGCUGUUCUUGGUGCGCAUCCCCACCAUGAGCCUGGACGAAUUUGCAAACGGUGCUGCGCAGUCGGACAUCCUGACACUGGAGGAGACGCACAAUGUCUUCCUGUGGUACACUGCAGCUAAAAAGCCCCAACUAGACUUCCCUCUGAAUCCCAGGAAGGGCUUGGCUCCUCAGAAGUGCCACCGCUUCCAGUCCUCGGCCUACCGGAGCAACCAGUGGCGCUACCGCGGCCGGUGCGACAGCAUCCAGUUUGCUGUGGACAAGCGGAUCUUUAUUGCCGGUUUGGGCCUGUACGGGUCGAGCGGCGGCAAAGCCGAGUACAGCGUCAAAAUCGAGCUUAAGAGACAGGGGGUGAUCCUGGCGCAGAACCUGACAAAGUUUGUGUCGGACGGCUCGAGCAGCACGUUCCCGGUGUGGUUCGAGCAUCCCGUUCAGGUGGAGCAGGACGCGUUCUACACAGUGAGCGCCGUCCUGGACGGGAAUGAGCUGAGCUACUUCGGCCAGGAGGGCAUGACGGAGGUGCAGUGCGGGAAGGUCACGUUUCAGUUCCAGUGCUCCUCCGACAGCACCAACGGGACUGGAGUACAGGGAGGACAGAUCCCCGAGCUUGUGUUCUAUGCAUAAGCUGCUCUGGACUGCUGAUGGGAAAUUAGGUCUAUCGCUGCCUCCCAACCUUCAAAGUAAUGUAGCAUUAAAAGACACUUGAGUAAUGUCACACUAAAUGGCCUGGUUAGUUCUAUAAGAGACUAUUUUAAAAGCGAAGGAGCUGUUUUAUCUUAUUUAAUUUAAUGUUAUUUUUUUAUUUAAAUGCUGAUUUAACGUUAUUCGCUCAGAAGCUUGUUUUUCAAGGGCUGCGGCUGCUGUAGAAACAACAUUAAUACAGUGACCUGUGGUUAUGUAAUCAAGCUGAGCUCCAGAACUGGAACAAGUAGGGUCUGCUUCAAAUUGUGUAAUUGCAAGUCUAUAUACAAUGUUGUUACUAUAGUCCAGGCAGCAAUAUCACCUGAGGAGCAAACUUUAUGUAGUGUUCGAUUCUAAUGCAGAAAAAAAAGAAGAAGUAGAAAUCGUGUCAAGAACAGAGUCGUUUUGCACUUCAGAGGACGACCUCAGAAACGUUGUGUCUUUUUGUAAAAUACAAUUUAUCUGUUAACAGCUUGAUGCUGUUGAUGAGCAGAUGUGUUCUGUACAAGAAUGCUUAUACACCUGCCGAAAUAUAAAGGUUAUAAUGUGAGAAAGCCGCACAUGUGACAUCUUAUGGGAUCUGGGUGAGGGAGUGGGGGAUUUGAGGGGCAGCAGCGCCCUCUGGUAAUUAAAGUGGGAACUACACAUUAGGUUUCUACCUCACUUGCAUGGAGUCUGGCAGGCACAGAUUUGAGGACUGAUAAGGGUUAUGUCUCUUUUUGUAAGUGAGGAUUUGGAUUCAUUUCCUACUAAAUAAACUGCACAGUGCAUUUAAGAGACAGCACACUUACAUUAACGCUGGCAAAACACUAUAAUGGAAAUGCAAAGCUAUGCACGAGGAAAGCAAAGCCUAAACCAGUGACUUUCUUUGACAGUUUCCCAAAAUAUUUUGUACAUUAUAGUUAAUGUUGAUGCGCUUCUGCUUUGGCAGGAAGGCUCGUCGUGUUCAAUUUAAGGCAACAGAGCUCAUAAUCUUCCAGGUAGCUGCAGACCAGACCAGCCUUACAAAAAUCAAAGGUGGUCACAUUUGAGUUUUUGUAAAUGUAGAAAAGUCAAACUCUUGAGUUUAAUAGGCUAAUAAUAUGCCGUACUUCACAAAAAGUACAGGAUGCUCUCAGAAACAAUAACAAGGACCGUUUUUAUUUAUUAGAUAAUUUGAACAAAGUGUGGAAAACAGAAAAAUUAGAAUAAAACAUUUUGGUGUGACUGCCCUCCACCUCGUCACAGUUUUCCCCAGUUCUGGAAGUUUCAAAUCUCUGGAGGAGCUUUCAACAGUGUGAAGAAAUAACUCACUCUUAUGGCCACUUGAGAAAUAAUAUUUUUACAGAAAGGUGUAAUAUACACUCGCCACUUUAUUUGGUGUACCUUCUAGUUCUGGGCUGGACCCUCUCCAUGCAUGUCUGCAAAGAUUCAACAAAGUUGGUGCAAACAUUCCUCACAGAGCUUGGUCCAUAUUGAGCAGUUGUUGUCAUGCAGUUGCUGUCAGCUCCACACCCAUGAGGAUAACCUCUCAUUACAUUACACCACUGCCAGCCUGAUCCGUUGAUAUAAAUCAGUCCCCGCUUUCAUGUUCUUUAUACCAAAUUCCGACUCUACCAUCCAAAUGUCGCAGCACAAAUCAAAACUGAGCAGACCGGGCAGUUUUUCUGACCUUCUAUGGUCUAAUUUUGUUGAGCCUGUGUGAAUUACAGCCUCAGUUUCCUGUUCUUAGCCCACAGAUGUGACACCUGGUGUGGUCUUCUGCUGCUGUGAAGUCCAUAUGCUACAAGGUUUGACAUGUUGUACCUCCAGAGGUGCUCUUCCCUGGCUGUAAUGAGUGGUUAUUUCAGUUUCUGUUGCCCUUCUAUCAGCUUGAAGAAGUCUAGCCGUACUUUUUUGACAUCAACGAGGCAUUUUUGCCCAGAGAUCUGCUGCUAUCUAGACAUUUUCCUACGUUUGGACCAUUCUGUGAAUCUGAGCUGCCUAACAUAAAUGCAGUGGGUUGCUGUUAUAUGACUGGCUAUGACUGCCAUGCGCUACAGAGAAGUUCAACAGGUAUACUAAAUGAAGGGAUAAAUGAGUGUAUACAGCUUUUCAUUUGAGGGGAACUUCUUUAAUAAUUUACCAGCAGACAUCCUCCAGCUCCAGCUUCUUUUCCCUGUUAUUAAAUCUAUAGUGAACAUUUCUGGUUUUUACAAUAUGUGAAAGGUAUUAAGUAAAACUUAUGUCACACCUGAUUCAGCAUUU